AUGUCGGCCACCGAAGUUCGAGUUGGUGGCUCAGGCGGGACCAUGAAGGCCGUCAACUAUCAAGGCGCCUUCAAGGUCAAGGUGGAGGAUGUACCGAAGCCUGCGAUCGAGCACCCCGAUGAUGUUAUUGUCAAAGUGACCACUGCCGCUAUUUGCGGAUCUGACUUGCACAUGUACGAGGGACGUACUGGUGCUCAGCCUGGUAUCACCUUUGGGCACGAGAACAUGGGGAUUGUGGAUGAAGUCGGCUCUGGGGUCACCCUGCUGAAGAAAGGUGAUCGAGUGGUGAUGCCCUUCAACGUUGCGGACGGACGAUGCCGCAAUUGCGAGGAAGGAAAGACUGCCUUCUGCACCGGUGUCAACCCCGGCUUUGCGGGCGGUGCAUACGGUUAUGUGGCCAUGGGACCCUAUAGAGGCGGGCAAGCUCAAUAUAUUCGCAUUCCAUAUGCGGACUUCAAUGCUUUGAAGUUGCCACCCGGGACGGAGCAUGAGCAGGAUUUCAUUCUCCUAGCCGACAUCUUCCCAACUGGAUGGCACGGGGUGUCGCUUAGCGGGUUCAAGCCCGGAGAGAGUAUUGGCGUCUGGGGCGCCGGGCCUGUCGGGUUGAUGGCGGCGUACUCGGCUUCAUUGAGAGGGGCGAGCCGUGUCUACGUCGUCGACAGAGUGCCCGAGCGGUUGGCAGCUGCAGAGAAGAUCGGAUGUAUACCCAUUGACUUCAGUAAAGGUGAUGCGGUGGACCAGAUCCUCGAGAAGAACGGCGGUAUGUUGGAUCGAGCGGUGGACGCUGUCGGGUACCAGGCCGUGGAUACUGGUGGUAAGAAGGAGCAGCCGAAUAUUGUGUUGGAGAACAUGAUCCGGGCGACCAGACCAUGCGGUGGAUUGGGGAUCCCGGGUCUUUAUGUGCCCACGGAUCCGGGGGCGCCUGACGAGGCCAGUGGGAAAGGGAUGAUCAGCAUGAGCUUUGGCAAGUUGUUUGAAAAGGCGAGUACAAAGAUGACGUCGUGCUGGCAAUGCAACGAGGAGGCUCUGGUGCUAACCAUGGCUUCUAGGGCCUUACCCUCGCUACCGGCCAAUGCAAUGUCAAGCAAUACAACAGGAAAGGCGAAACCCUCGUUUGUGGUCAGUCACGAGAUUGGCAUCGACGAUGCGGAGAUGGCGUACGACAAAUUCGACAAGAGGAUUGAGGGUUAUACCAAGGUCUUGAUCCACCCCAAUGGGCCAUUGUGA